GCGCCGCUGGGUGAGUCCCUCUCUCCGCUGCCUCUGUCUCCACAGCUCCUUUUUCCCAAAGAAAAGAAGACGAGAACUAGGUCCGGGGAGGAGGGCCGCCGCCAUUAUCGGAAAGCUGGCAGAAAUACCACUUUCACACACGCAAUCUGCUCAUAAAUUCACCGGGACGUGAACAAUUUCUGUUGCGGUAAGGAGCACGAUUUGAGACGAGACGCCACGGCGAUUGCAACAAACUCAACGUUGUCUCGUGUGCGCCACCGGCCCAGCGUUAAUGUGGGCACAACAAUGGACAGAAUAAUUAUUGAAAAGGCAACGUGGUGAACCGAGGAAGAAGACGGCUAUGCAGAUUUAAUACGCCUGAAAAUCCUAAUGAGGAGAGACCCUUGCAAGAACAAAAUUGGAUUGUUCUUUCAUCUGGGAUAUUUAUUUCGUCAUUCCCCGUGUUUAAAUGCGAAGAAAACAGCGGCGCUUGAGCAAGUAGAUUCAAGGCACGGACAAUGGACAUUUAAAUGAAAUUACCUCAUUGCACACGUUGUUUUUAUUAUCAGUAUUAUCUGAAGUGAGACGAUCCAUAGUGUGUUCUGCGGCUUUAUGCAACUGCACAUCAGGCGGCGAGGGCUGCGGCAAGAGCUGGCCUGACAGAUGCGAGAGGAGAAAGGGAGAAAUGCGAUGGAUCUGAUUCGUACAAGGAAUACAUGAAGGACUCUACUCGUAUAACUGGACUGCUAUUUAUUAAAUUGAAGGCCAGCAGAAGAAAGUGAAAUCUGAUCUCCUGUGGAUCAGCAGCUUUAUGGACAAACAUUCAAGUGAACUCCUUUACACAGUGCCUGUUUAUGGCAGGAUGAGCUUCAGCAGGCUAUGAUGGCGAAAAAGCAAGAUGCCCGAUCGCCCAUUUACAACCUCAUUGUGGUGGGUUUGUCAGGAACUGAAAAAGAAAAGGGGCAAUGUGGGGUUGGAAAGUCCUGCUUGUGUAAUAGGUAUGUGCGGCCCAGUGCUGAUGACUUCUAUCUCGACCACACAUCAGUGUUGAGCACCAGUGACUUUGGGGGUCGAGUGGUUAAUAAUGAUCACUUUCUGUUUUGGGGAGAGGUGUCACGGGUUCUGGAGGAGGGGCCUGAGUGCAGGAUGCAUGUUGUGGAGCAAACUGAAUUCAUUGAUGACCAGACAUUUCAGCCACACCGUAGUACUGCUAUGCAGCCCUAUAUCAAACGGGCUGCUGGAACCAAGCUGGCCUCAGCAGAGAAGCUCAUGUACUUCUGUACAGAUCAGCUGGGCCUGGAGCAAGACUUCGAGCAGAAACAAAUGCCUGAGGGCAAGCUGCAGGUCGAUGGCUUCCUGCUUUGUGUUGAUGUCAGCCGGGGCAUGAACCGAAAUUUUGACGACCAGCUGAAAUUUGUCACAAACCUGUACGGUCAGCUCAGCAAGACUAAGAAGCCCAUUGUUCUGGUCCUCACCAAAUGUGACGAAGGAGUUGAACGCUACAUCAAAGAUGCACAUACAUUUGCUAUCACAAAAAAGAGUCUGCCAGUAGUUGAGACAUCUGCACGUUCAAAUAUAAACGUUGACCUUGCUUUCCUCACUUUGGUUCAGCUUAUUGAUAAGAGCAGGGGGAAGCCCAAGAUCAUUCCUUAUUUUGAAGCCCUGAAACUACAAAGUCAGCAGAUAGCUUCAGCCAAGGAUCGCUAUGAAUGGCUAAUUAACCGUAUAGUAAAGAACCACAACGAAACCUGGAUAAACACUAGUCGACGCAUGAACACCUCACCAGAGUACAAAGAAUAUGUUUUCUUGGAGGGAACAGCAAAAUGCAAGAAGCUUUUUCAACAGCAUGUCUAUCGUCUGAAGCAGGAACAUAUUGAGAGGCGUCGCAAAAUAUACCUAAGCACUCUUCCCUUAGCACUUAGUUCUCUGGUGCCUGACCUGGAUGAGAUAGAUCAGCUGAGCUGGUCUGGAGUGCAGAAGGUCCUGGAGUCCAAGCAGCACUUUGCCCACUGGUUUGUUGUUCUGGAAGACUCGCCAUGGGAGGAUACAUCUCACAUUGAUAACAUGGAAGAUGAGAGAAUCCCUUCAGACCUACUGGAGACUGGUGAAGCAGAGGAUAUAUUCAAUGCACACCUGGAACAUCUGCGUAAUGAGUGCAGACGUGCAGAGAUGAGGCUGGAGUUUAAACAGAAGUUGGCUUCCUCUCCCUUUGUCACCCCUGGUAAACCAUGGGAGGAGGCCCGCAGCUUUAUCAUGAAUGAAGAGUUCUAUCAGUGGCUUGAGGAGCCAGAGUACUUGGACCUGUACAACAGGCAUCAGAAAGAGAUAAUUGACCGUGCUAAAGAAGACUUCCAGGAGCUCUUACUGGAGUACUCUGAGCUGUUCUAUGAGCUUGAGGUGGAUGCCAAGCCCAGCAAGGAAAAAAUGGGGGCAAUCCAGGAGGUUUUAGGGGAGGAACAGCGAUUCAAGGCGCUGCAGAAGCUUCCAGCUGAAAGAGAUGCUUUGGUUUUGAAGCAUAUCCACUUUGUCUAUCACCCUACCAAGGAGACCUGCCCUAGCAGUCCUCACUGUGGAGACUCCAAGAUUGAACAAAUAUUAGCUUCACGUUUCCCCACUUGUUACCCUUUUUUUGAUUUGAAAGCUCAUUUUGGAGACAACAAGGCUGACAGGAUUAACCUUGUCAUACUUGGGAAGGAUGGACUGGCCAGAGAAUUCGCCAACGAGAUUAGGGCUCUCUGCACAAAUGAUGACUGGUAUGUGUUAGACGGGAAGAUGUAUGAACUGACACUGCGUCCAAUCGAAGGAAAUGUACGCCUUCCAGUAAACUCUUUCCACACCCCCACUUUCACCCCUCAUGGAUGUCUGUGUCUGUACAACUCAAAAGAGUCUCUCUCCUAUGUGAUCGAAAGCCUUGAGCGACUAAGGGAAUCAACUUUAAGUCGAAGGGAUAGCCAGCUAGCACAGCUGCCAACAUCUCUUCUCUUGGUCACUAAAAGGGGUGUAGGGUCAUAUGUGGACAUAGGUGGAGAAACUGCCUUAAACCUUAUUACACAGGGACACCAAGUUGCAAGGAGACUACAGUGUAGCUUUUUAGACCCAGCCUCCCCUGGUGUGGGCUAUGGCCAUAAUGUCAACGAGACUCAAAUCAACCAGGUGCUGAGGGGCCUAUUGGAUAUCAGAAGGAGCACAUCUUUUAGUAGCAGCUCUCCACCCCUCCUGCCUGAGCCUCCAGGUCUGAGAGACUCUCCACAUCAGCCGGCCCCUGAUGCAGACCUUCGCAUUGUCAUGUGCUUAAUGUGCGGAGAUUCCUACGACAUCGAGCAGCUCCUGUCCCCUUUCCUAAUGCAUCAACAUUGCAGGCCUAUGUCCAAUAGUGGCACCUCUGUAUUGCUAGAACAGACAAUUGGUGGACACAAGCUGGCAAUAGAGCUCUCUCUGCUUUCGUACCACGCUUCCUUCACUUUGCGGAAGAGCAGGUUAGUACACGGCUACUUUGCUGUGUACUCUGUCUCAAGAAAAGCCUCCCUGGAGACCCUCUGUGCCUUCUUAUGUGAGGUUCAGGACAUCAUCCCAGUUCAGCUGUUGGCAGUGGGAGAUAGCCAAGCAGAGCUCACCGACAGCGACUAUGCCUGUGAACAGCUGAUUCAAGGGGAGGAGCUUGCCCAUGAGAUUGAGGGUCGUUUCAAUAGUCUGAUCUGUGGAUCUGGGGGAGUGGUUGGAGGCAUGCACAGGAUAGAAAUGUUCCAUUCUUUCUUGAUGGAGGUGGUUGAGAAACGCAACAUUGUUGAGGCCACACACAUGUACGAUAAUGUCGCUGAAGCAUGCACCAAUGAAAAUGUGUACUCCCCACGCUGCAGUUCUCCCAGUCCCGUCACCAUGUUUUUGGAUUCAGAGGAUGAUGUAGAGCCAUCACCACCGUACUAUGACGGCACACUCUCUUCUCAUAGUGGGGGCUACAACCUGCCUGACUUGGAUUCCAGUGACAUCUCUGUCAUUUCUGACAUCAGAGACUUUGAAAACAAGCUUAACAACAAGGUACCCCCACAAGUGAGAGUGAAACCAGGUGUCACUUUUGACUUCCGGAAGGUGAGCCGUAACCCAUACAUUGAUACUCUAGGCCACCGGCGCUCCCUGCCCUCUGCUGUUACCUGGGUUCCUGGUGGGGAUGUGGGCUAUGAUCCCUCAGACUAUGCUGAACCCAUUGAUGCUGUUUCAAAACCCCGCCCAAGCAACGAAGAGAUCAUCUACUCGGUUCCACAUGACAGUACACAAGGAAAAAUCAUCACUAUCCGUAACUCCAACCGGAUGCACUCCAAUGGAAAUGGCUCAGAUAGCGAAGCAGACAGUAGCUCUCUGGAGAGAAGGAGGAAGUUCUCAGCAGCAGGGGUAAAGCCUCGUCUUUAUCGUGACCGCUCCAAGCGGCUUGGCAAAUUCAGCAGUUUCCGUACAAGCUUUAUAGGCAGUGAUGAUGAGAUGGGAGCCCUUCAGAAGUCCAAGGAAGAUGACUAUGGGACACUCAAAGGUGAAAGUCUUGUUAAUGAGGAGAUUGAAGACCCAAAAAAGAGGAAUAUCCUGAAGAGCCUGCGACGGACAGCCAAGAAAACAAGACCAAAGGCCCGUCCAGCUAUUCCCAAGCCCAUGGAGAGCAGUUACUUUGGAGUCCCCCUUGUCAGUGUGGUGUCCCCAGACAGACCUAUCCCGCUUUUUAUUGAGAAGUGUGUCCGCUUCAUUGAGACUACAGGCCUGAAUACAGAGGGUUUGUACCGCGUGAGCGGCAACAAGUCAGAGAUGGAAAGCAUGCAAAGGCAGUUUGAACAGGACCAUGGAUUAGACCUAGUAGAGAAAGACUUCUCCAUAAACACUGUGGCUGGAGGCCUCAAAAGCUUCUUCUCUGAGCUGCCUGAGCCCCUGGUGCCUUGCGCUCUGCAGGUGGACCUAUUGGAUGCUUUCAAAAUCAAUGACAGAGAACAGAGGCUAUACACUAUGAAGGAUGUCCUGAGGAGGUUCCCCAGGGAGAAUUAUGAUGUCUUCAAAUAUGUACUGAGCCACUUACACAAGGUGAGCCAGCUGAACAGGCUGAACUUGAUGACCAGUGAAAACUUGUCCAUCUGUUUCUGGCCCACACUUAUGAGGCCAGACUUCACCACUAUGGACGCUCUGACUGCCACCCGCACCUACCAGACAAUCAUCGAGACCUUCAUCCACCAGUGUGCAUUCUUCUUCUACAACCAGCCCCUCCUGGACUCCCCCACUGGCCUGGCGGGUCUUCCUGCCUCGCCCACCACCACCCUCAGUGGGAGCUCUGCCUAUUCUUGUUACCGCUCCUCCCCUCCCCACACCACCACUCACUUCAGCCCUCUGCAGCAGUCCCCACCCACCACCCCCCAGUCUCCCCUGCAGUCUCUGCUCCCGCCACUCCACCAGCAUCCCCACUCCCACCAUUCCCCAGCCGAACAAGAGACACUGUGAUAGAGGGUGAAACCAUGUGUGCCCAUGAUGAUGCUGGACCUUAUCACCAACACACACACACACACACACACACACACACACACACACACACACACACACACACACACACACACAC